UCAUGUAUUCAUACAGUUCACACCAACCACUUUUGGUUAUUUCCCUAGUUUAUUUAUAUAGGACUAAAGAAGUAGCUUGUGAAUUUGGUAUUUUUCAGUUUGAGAGUAGCAAAAAAUGGAAUACUCAAAACUUAAUGUGUUAUUGCCCAUUGUAGCUUUCUUGUUUCUUUUUCCAGUAGUUCAUGGAUGGGGAUUGGAUGGUCAUUACACUGUUUGCAAAAUUGCUCAGUCAAGAUUGAGUAAAGCUGCAGCAGAUGCAGUUGAGAAAUUGUUGCCAGCAUCUGCAAAUGGUGAUUUGGCAAGUGUGUGUAUAUGGGCAGACCAUGUCAAGUUUCGUUAUCAUUGGUCAUCAGCUCUUCAUUAUAUUGAUACCCCUGAUAAUCUCUGCAAUUACCAGUACAACAGGGACUGUAAAGAUGAAAAUGGAGUUCCAGAUAGAUGUGUAGCUGGAGCAAUCAACAAUUACACUGAACAGCUCCUCAGUUAUAACAGUGCCAAUGAAAAUGCUAUAACAUAUAAUUUGACAGAAUCACUUCUCUUCCUUUCUCACUUUAUGGGGGACAUUCAUCAGCCUCUGCAUGUUGGAUUUACAUCAGAUAGGGGAGCUAAUACAAUAGAUGUUCAUUGGUACACUAGGAAAACAGUUCUACAUCAUGUCUGGGAUUCCAACAUAAUUGAAACUGCAGAAGAACGAUACGAUGAUUCUAACGUAGAUGAACUAGUCGAUGCACUUCAGAAGAACAUCUCGACAGGAUGGGCAGAUCAAGUAAAAUCAUGGGAGAGCUGCAGUGGUAACAAGAAAACCUGUCCAGAUAUAUAUGCAACUGAAGGUAUCAAAGCUGCUUGUGCCUGGGCAUAUAAAGGAGUCAGUGAAGGUUCAACAUUAGAAGAUGACUAUUUCCUCACGCGUUUCCCCAUAGUCCAACAGCGCCUAGCUCAAGGUGGAGUUCGCUUAGCUGCUACACUAAACCGCAUAUUCACAUGACAACAUAUUGUAAACAAGGACUAUAUAAUCCUCUCAAACUAGAAACUGAUACAUCAUUUUGACAGGAGAUGACCUAUAUCUUCAUCAGACAAGCUUUCCUUGUUUUAAUAUCAGAAAACAUCUACAACAUUGUUACUUGAAUUAAUACAUCAUUGUAUCUUUUUCGUGCAUA